CUAAAAUGAGGAUGAGGACGGGGGCAAGUGCAGGUGGACCAUCUGGAGUCCAGAUUCCGGAGCCCUUACCAGCAGCUCUGCACGGAGUCCGCAAUGGAGCUGGACGUGCUGAUCUACCCGGACGAGGUGCGGGCGGCCACCCCCGAGGACCCGCGCCAGUGGGAGGCGGAGACGGCGGGCCGGACGUCCGUGCCGACCGCCGAGCCCAGACUCUUCGUGGCGCUCUACCCGUACAACCCGGCCGCCAUGUCGCCCAACCCGGACACGGCGGCCGAGGAGCUGCCCUUCGUGCCCGGGCAGAUCAUCAAGGUGUUUGGAGACAAGGACCCGGACGGCUUCUAUCACGGAGAAUCGGGCGGCCUGUCGGGUUUCGUGGCCAGCAACCUGGUGGCCGAAGUCCCCGUGGACGACCGAAACCUCAAACAAUUGCUCAUGCAGCAGGGAUUCAUUCCCGUUGACCAAUCAGGGAUAUCUUUGAGUCCCGACGUGAGCGACACGUCCAGCGUACCCGAAGACGUCAUCGUACGCCGCAUGGUGGCCUUGUUCGACUACGACCCGUGGGAAAGUUCGCCCAACGUCGACAGCGAAGCCGAACUGGGCUUUCGUUCGGGUGACAUCAUCUACGCGCUCGGCGACAUGGAUCCCGACGGGUUCUACUACGUAAGGCUUGUCAUUUACCAUAUUUUAUUUUAUUUUUUUUUUGGCCGGGGGGGGGCUGUCAAACUUUCUUUCUUUUCAGGGCGAUCUGCAAGGACGCCGAGGUUUGGUGCCGUCCAACUUUCUGGAGCCGCUACCGUGGGAUUAGCGGCUUUUUGCUCUUUUCAUUUUUUUUGUCACUGCUGUACAUACAUAAUGUAAUGUGUAAUAUAAACAAAAUACCCGGUUGCAAAGGAUAA